AUGUCGUGGGUGAAGCCCGAGAAGACUUCCGACUCGAGCAGUGACGAGGGUGGUGUGGCCAGCACGUUGAAGACCACGGCCAGAACUUGUUGUUUCUGGUUGAAGCUGUUUCCACCGAUAAAGUGGAUGCUCAACUUCUUCAAAUGGCUUUUCCUUUCCCGCCAGGAAUAUGCUGUGCUCAAGAAGGCCAGAGAGCUCUUCAAGACUGUGAAUGUUGACAAUGGUUGUUGCACUGACUGUCCGUACAAGCAGUUGUCCAAGAUGGAGAGAAUGUACCUGCACCGCAUCUUGAAAGACACGUCUCGUUGGGGGAGCGAGAGAAAGUUUAUCCAGACCUUCCAGUCCCAGGUAAUUGCCAUGCAGAAGGAUGACAGCGACGCAGGAGAAGCCAUCACUGAAGGCGAGUUCUGCAACGCUGUGUUGUAUGCCGUGCAAGAGUACAUGGAGAAGAUCGUCAACAAGAUGAACUCAGAGAUCAAAAAGGAAUACAAGAAAGACGAGAAGUUGGCGGAGGAAUGUUUGAAUGGCGCAGAUGGGAGUCCUGACGGUGACAAGGCUGGGCCAAUGCUGCCAGUGGCCCUCGCUGACUUUAGCAAUACCUGCAUCAGUGACGACACGGAAAGAGGGUUCAAGACCAUCAAUGCAGACGGCACAGUGGAUGCGCCUGCAGGACUGAUGCACCUGAAGGAUCCCGUGGCGCAAGAGCAACGGCGCCAAGCCGAGACGGAGGCCGCCACGAAGGUUCAAGCCAUGGAGAGAGGUCGCAAAGCACGGAAGCAGGCCAAAGAGGUGCGCGAGACAGUCGAGGAGGAGCCGAGUGAAGAGAGCGCGCCUGCGCCUGGCUCCUCAUCAUCUCUUCCGAACGAGGGCUCGCAAGAGGUUGAGCCGCCUCCCGCGCCUCCUCUGCCUCCGCCUCCAGCCGAGGAAGAGGAGAGGAGAUCUGCGUCGGAUAACGACAACGAUGACGCCUUCGGAGAGAUUGAGGAGGAAUUCUCUCCGAAGACCGACAUCGUGAACCCUAUCAUCAGCAUAGUCGGUGCCCCCGCCACGAACACCAGCGCUCCGAACUCGCGAAAGAACUCCAGGCGUUCCUCCGAGGAGAGCGACAGCGGUGGGGAGUCCGAUGCAUCCGAGAAUCCGGACGACGAGUGCGCCCCUUCCCGCCACUCCUAG